AUGAAGCGGUUGAAAACAUUAUGGAUGCCUUUUAAUAUCAAGUUUGCAUUUGCUGCCACCAAUAUCUUAUUCCCUAAGGAUCAAAACAUUGUGUUUAUUCUAUUUGAAGUUCGUGACACAAAGGCGCUAAAAUUGAGUGACUUGAAACAAACCUUUUUAAAUGGAAGUGAGAUGGGAAGGGCUUCCAUAAAAAGAAGGAAAACUGUGAAAAAUUACUCAUUUUUUGCACCAUGUUUACACAAACAACAGAUUUCCAGCACUUUUGUCCUUCCUGGCUUAAUGUGGCCUGUUGCAAAAGGGAAAAAUAAACACGCAUGCAUGGAAAAUCAUAUAAUUAACAAUAAACGCAGACCUAAUGCCGAUAAUUUCAGGGAUAUUGCCAAAGCACGUUACCAUAGGUGGAAAUCAACAACUAGUACGCCCAGUCCUUUGCGCCUAUCUUAUAGUUAUGGCAGUCUUGUGUUUGACAUGAAGAUCAGUAACAAAGCAAGGCCAGACGAGAUUGAAUUGACAGCAUUCCUUGAAGAAUUGCUUGCACUUUUAUUAAAAACAUGA